GAAUCUCACGAUAAUAUCUCUAUCGAAACAUUGAAACAUUUAUUUAAAUAACACAGUGAGUUACAUUUUAGUCUGGUCCCCACACUAGGCAUAGCCUGUCCUGUGGUGGACGUAGGACAUCGCAUUUGCAAGUUAGCGCGACAGAGCCAGACUAUAUUUCUGAGGCAUUUCGGUGGCGUUUCGCGUCGCAGAAAUGUCAUUCGGCUGCAGGGCCUGACCUCAGACCUGUCAUUUUUCGUUUGGUGCGUGCUCGAUGUUUACUCUUUUUCUUCCGAAUUGAUUACAAAAAUAUCAAAAGUUAUGUUUAAUUAAAGUGAUAUGUAACCAGACAUCGUAUUAGUUUAGCCAUAAUGGACGUGGUAAAUUCGUGCCGUUGCUGCCUGAAGGGUCGUCCGUACAAGGACUUGGCGACACCGUAUACACAUCUCGGCAAAACGGAGACAUAUGUCGACAUGCUGAUUGACUGCUUCGAUAUACACUUAGACCUGGAUGAAAACAUCUCGCGAGGGAUUUGCCUGAUGUGCGUAAGCCGUCUGCGAGACGCGAGUGACUUCAAGCUGCAAGUCCAACACAGCCAGACUCAGCUGCACGGAGCAGUAAUCGUUAAAGUUGAAACCUCUAUCAAGUCAGAGCCGCCUAGUCAUGAUAUUAAAGAAGACUGGUCAGACACAGACAAUGAUGGGCACCCCUACGCCAUAGCCGGCUCCAGUGGAGAGAAAACAUACGAAAGUGAAGAUUGUAAAGAAGACUCCAAAAAUAACUGUAUAAGCUUGCACGACGUGCUGUUAUCAUCCGGACCUACAUGUCAUUCAACCCACCCCAGGAACCCAACCCAGGAAAAAAAUAAUAGCGAACCGUCUGGUUUUACAACUGACAGAAAAGAACAAAGUGUCAAUGAUUUUAUGCAAAAGGCUAAUUUAAAAGACCUCGCAGUAAAAACCCUUUCUAAUUACAAUUGUAAGCAUUGUAGUUAUAAAACUCCUUCUAAAAGUAAAAUGCUCCGACAUCAAAAGAUGCACACAAAACCACUUCUUAGUUGUGAUCGUUGCAGUUACAAAUCCCCCUAUAAAUAUAGAAUACAAAGACAUCAAAUUACGCACGCGGUAAAAGAGGUAAAAACAAAAACGCUUCAUAAAACGCUUCAUAAAUGUGAUCAAUGUAGCUACACUAGUGUGUAUAAAAACUGCGUAGUCACACAUCAAAUGAUACACAUAAAUGAAAAGCCUUUUAUGUGCGAUCAUUGUGCUUUUCAGUGCCGUACAAAAAAACACUUGAUACAGCAUAUGAUGAAGCACACCGAAGAAAGGCCUUUCAAAUGUAGCAUGUGUACUUAUAAAUGUAAAGUGAAAACAGCGUUACAUAGGCAUGAGAAGACACACAGGGGUGAAAAACCUUAUAAGUGCAGUCAAUGUGAUUACAAGUGUGUCACCUCAGCACAGUUGAAAAGACACGCAGGCACACAUCCUGGAAACCACGAAGCGCAUAAAUGUCCUCAUUGUGCCUACCACACCCAUGAUAAAUCACAUUUGAAACGCCAUGUAAGGGUGCAUACAAAUGUGUGGCCGUAUAAAUGUGACUCGUGUGAUUACCAGUGUCGAAUAAAAGAAAACCUACGUUUUCACCAGAUGAAACACACAGGGGAAAAGCCGCAUAAAUGUAGCUAUUGUGACUUUAGGUGCAUCCGGAAAUCGGAUUUACCGGCUCACCUGCGUACACACACUGGGGAAAAGCCUUACAAGUGUGAUCACUGUAGCUACGAGUGUCGACAGAAACAUGUUUUAGAUGGACAUAUCAAAUUGAAACAUCCUGAUGUUUAACAAGAAGUUUUACUAGUAUGUGUAAGUGUUAUGAGUGUCAAGUUACAUUGAAACAAAGACUUAAUUAAUGUGUAUAACUAUACUACAGUGUUUGGAGUAAUCGUAAUCACUAUUAUGGUGUACCGCAUAGUUAUUUAUAUAAUGAAAUUAUGGCAUGUGAUAUUAAAACAAGGACUACUAUUUCAAAUAUUUACAGCAAUUUUUGUAAAUUUAUUUGGAUUUGACUAAAAUGGGGGGUGUUUCUUGCAAAAUUUGUUUGUACUAUCGAACCAACUGAAUCAUGACCCACUUGGCAGAUAAUUCGUUUUGAAGUUUUCAAACUUGUAUAGUUUAUCGCUUUCACUUAGGUCGUUUUAAGUACUAACUAAGUUUUGUCACUACACACAGAAUAGAAUAGAAUCGUUUUAUUUGUGUAAAAAAGGGUAUACAUUGAUGUUACAUUAUAUUAUAACCAGCCUUAAUUUACAUACAGUGCCAGUGUCUAAUAAAAUGAUAACAAGUUCGUCACCAAGGAAACCCUAGCUGGCCUAGCUUCAAACGAAUUUUGAUCUACUAACGUUUAGACGGUUUGGAAAAAUGAACUUAUGGUGGGCCAUGAUUUAGUUGGUUUGAUAGUAUUUUUUUUAGUUUGAAUAAAGGUACGAAAAAAAAACAUUGGUUUAUACGAACAAGAAAACAAGAGUCCCAAAUUGAGAUAGCACCAUUAUAGUAUGCCUCUGUUUUAUGGUAUAUGAGAUUUAGCUUGAAGUUGCGCAGAAACACGAAUAUCACAGAAUCCUACAGUCUGGUAAAAAAGAGUAGAAUAUAAUAAUGGCGCCACCGUCUAUGUAAACCGCUUUGCAUGUGGCAACUAUUUUGACAUUUCUGUAUGAAGUGAUGCUAUAAAAAAAUAGUUCCAUUACUACUCUUUAUUGCCAAGGUCCUUGAGUUGUAGGUGUCCAUAGGUGACGGGGACUAUUACACGGGACUAGGCGGACCCUAUGCUUGUUUGCCACCGACGUAGUAUAAGAAAAAAGUUGUACACAUUAAUAGGGCAAACUAUAUUGGCGUCAUCUCUUAAAUACUAACAUAACCCAACCCUUUUCAAACGUCUCAGUUUGUCAAAUCAUUGCAUCACGCUCUGAAAAAGGAACUAAAGAAAACAACAAACUUUUUGCAAUACUUUAAUCAGGACAUAAGACGGACCGGUGGCCUAGCGGUGAAGAGCGUGUGACUUUCUAUCCGGAGGUCGCGAGUUCGAACCCCGGCACGUACCAAUGAGUUAUUCGGGACGGACCUUAUGUGUGUAAUGCUAUUUUAAAUUUACAAGUCCUUUCAGCAAAAUGGCGCAUAAACCUGAAACCAUUAAAUAACACAGUAUGAAAAUAGAAGAAUUAGGUACAUAGUAAUUAGUGAAUACAUAUAAGUUGGCAGCAAAAGUUUACUCGAGAUGGAACUUUCUUUAGUAAGAUAUUUUAAAACGAACGUUUAGAAACGAAUUAAGCACCUAUUAAAUUUUUGUCAUUUUUUUUUAGUUUUCAUAAUAACACUGAACUGGAGUUCGACCAGGCCAAGAUACUAAACCAACUUAACCUGAGCCUGUAAAAGUUUCACGGAUUCCAAGUGAUUAACCAAUUAAGUUUUCUCACAAAAUUACCGUUUUUAGCUUGUUAACUUAAAAACCGUGCAAUUUUGACUUGGUACAUGUAUAUACGUGCUCCAAUUUCCCCUAAUGUUGCCUUGUUUGUAUCUAGACAAUGACGGGCACCCCUACGAGAGCGCCAUAGCCAGUUCCAGUGGAGAGAAAGCAUGCGCAAGUGAAGAAUGUAACGAAGACUCCAAAAAUAACUGUAUAAGCUUGCACGACGUGCUCUUAUCAUCUGGAACUACAUGUCAGUCAACAGUGACCCAGGAAAAAAAUAACAGUGAGCCGCCUGGUUUCACAGUCGAAAACAAAGAACAAACUGUCAAAAAUUUUAUGCGAAAGACAAAUUUAAAAGACCUCACAGUAAAAACCCUUUAUAAUUGUAAACAAUGCAGUUAUAAAACUCCUUCUAAAAGUAAAAUACUCCGACAUCAAAAAACGCACACAAAACCCCUUCUUAGUUGUGAUCAUUGCAGUUACAAAACCCCCUAUAAAUAUAGAAUACGAAGACAUCAAAACACGCACGCGGUAAAAGAGGUAAAAACAAAAAAGCUUCGUAAAACUCUUCAUAAAUGUGACCAAUGCAGCUACACCAGUGUGUAUAAAAGCUGCGUAGUCCAACAUCAAAUGAUACAUACAAAUGAAAAGCCUUUUAUGUGCGAUCAUUGUGCUUUUCAGUGCCGUACAAAAAAACACUUGAUACAGCAUAUGAUGAAGCACACCGAAGAAAGGCCUUUCAAAUGUAGCAUGUGUACUUAUAAAUGUAAAGUGAAAACAGCGUUACAGAGUCAUGAGAAAACACACACGGGUGAAAAACCUUAUAAGUGCAGUCAAUGUGAUUACAAGUGUAUCACCUCAACGCACUUGAAAAGACACGCAGGCACACAUCCUGGAAACCACCAAGCGCAUAAAUGUUCUCAUUGUGACUACCACACCCAUGAUAAAUCACAAUUGAAACGCCACGUAAGGGUGCAUACUAAUGUGUGGCCGUAUAAAUGUGACUUGUGUGAUUACCAGUGUCGAAUGAGAGAGCACCUACGUUUUCACCAGAUGAAACACACAGGGGAAAAGCCGCAUAAAUGUAGCUAUUGUGACUUUAGGUGCAUCCGGAAAUCGGAUUUACCGGCUCACCUGCGUACACACACUGGGGAAAAGCCUUACAAGUGUAAACACUGCACCUAUGAGUGUCGACAGAAACAUGUUUUCGAGGGACAUAUGAAAUUUAAACAUCCUGAUGAAUAACAAGUUUUCAAGUGUGUGUGGGUGUGUGUGUGUAUACUGUGCAUAUUCAGUUAGAAGAAUUUAAGGGAGUGCCGUUAUGUGCCUCCCCUGGCUCUCCGUGUAGCUUUCAGGCGAGAGAACGACCCAUAUGUCACUUUUACCUCCCCUUUUAAACUCGUCUAGGGUAUCACACCUAGGGAACCACUCCAAUCGCAUCCCCGCUUUUUUUCUUUGUAAUCACCGUAGACUGGCGAUUAUUGAUUUUAAGAAAAUGGUAGAUAUUGUUUCUUAAGGGAUUUUAAUUUUACUUUAAAUGUUACCAACAUUUAUAAGCUACGGUGAAUAAGAUUAGAGUUAUAUAAGCUUGAAACGAAUUUUGCGCGAGGUGUAAUUUGUUUGACGCCGAAUAUAUGUGAACGUGUGUCAAACGGUGCACCCCGCCUGCGGUUAUGUGCUUGUAGCUUGUUUAUUUAUUAGCCGACCGAAGAAAUUUAAAAAGCAAGCAACAAAUUAUUUAUCUAAGUGACCGUUUUCAUUGCCUUUUUGAGUCAGAAAAGUCAAAAAAGGGAGUCAAAAAUAUGUUUUUUUUUGCAUUAUUGUUAAAACCGAAAUAAAUUACACAUAUGAAAGAAAAAGUGACCAAGGGCUCUCGUGCCUGUGGCUGGCUAUUCUGGUUUUAAUUUAAGUAAGGUUUAAUUAAAGUUGAAAUAUUUUCAAUAGAUUAUAAUUUAACUUGUGUUAAUUAGAAUGCAUUAUUGUUGAUAAAAAAAAUAACUAACAAAACUAUACUUUUCACAUAUUCAAAUCUUAAUCAGCAUGUUGUACGCUUUCAAACGACCUCAUUUUUCAAAAUUGUAUAAGGGUUUCUAGACAAAUUGAUAAAAAAUUUAAACCCGGGACCGCGGUUUUUGUGACGUCAUAGUUAACCCCCCACAGCCUGAGAAAGUGAUGUCAUAACGUACUCAGUAAGGUUACCGAUCACAACGAUACCACUUGUCAGCAGUAUACUCUUCAAAGAUUCAAAGAUUUUUAUUUGUUCAACAUAGGUAAGUUACAAGAUCUUCAGUCACAUCAACUUAAAACAAGACGACUUUU